AUGUGUGAGGAGCAAACAUCCAAAAAGAUCUCACAGUGUUUUGGCAAGCCACAUCCAAAAACUCAAUUCACACAAGUUGAAGAUCAGCAACUUAUGAAACUUGUUCAAUAUUAUGGAGAUAAGAAUUGGGAUAUCAUUGCCCACAUUAUGGGAAAUAGAAAUUCAAGACAAUGUCAUGAUAGAUAUGUAAAAUAUCUCUCGCCAGGACUAAAUAAGAAUCCUUGGACACCAGAAGAAGAUGUGCUAUUAAUUAAAAAAUAUCAAGAAAUCGGAGCAAAAUGGGUUAUGAUGUCAAAAUAUUUCAACAACAGAACAGAUUAUUCACUCAAGAACAGGUGGAAACUUCUUAGAAGGCACAAUUGUAACGUAAUAAUUUUCCCAAUUUCUGAACCAGAAGGUGAAAAGGAGAAUGAAAAUGAAAGCUCCGUUGAAAAUGUAAACCAAGUUGAUGAAGUAAAUCAAUUGAUGCCAGAUUUUGAGUUUGCAUUUGAUUUUGAUUUCUGA